UAUCUUUUUAUGAUUUAUAACGUAUAUUCAUUUUCAAUUGGUACUCGUUAUUUGACAUAUACUACAUUUUCUCGUUCAUCAUAUGUUAUUAAAGGAUUAUUAACCAUUAUUCCAAUCACGGCAUUUGGAUUAGGUACAUGGCAAUACUAUCGUCUUAAAUGGAAAUCUCAACUUAUAAAAGAAUUUGAAAAGAGAAUAUCUAGUGAACCUUUAAGAUUAACAAAAGAUGUUAAUUUUUCUGAUGUACUUUCGCUUGAAUAUCAAAAGGUUUUAUUAACAGGAAGAUUUAAACAUGAUCAAGAAAUACUUGUGGGACCUCGACUAUUUGAAGGGAAAAAUGGAUAUCAUGUUAUUACACCUAUAGAAAUAGGAGAUGAGUGUAAAUGUUUAAUUAAUCGUGGUUGGAUUCCAUCUUAUAUGGCUGAUCAAUCAAAAAGAACAGAAGGAUUGUCUUCAGAAGAAGUUACUAUCCAAGGUUUAAUACGUUUGCCUCCAAAGAGUAAUUUAUUUACACCUAAAAAUGAACCUGAAUCAAAAAAAUAUUAUUAUAUUGAUAUUGAACAAAUGUCAAAACUAACACAAUCAGAAUAUAUAUAUAUAGAACAGUUGAUAGAUGACUUUAUUAUGGCACCUUUUUUAGCUACUAAAGGAAAACCCAUUGGCAAACUAGCUGAAAUACAAAUACGAAAUAAACAUUUAGAAUAUAUGUUUACAUGGUAUUCCUUGUUUAUUGCAACAUUAUUCAUGCUAUAUCGUGUAUUUAAACAGCCGCAAUCACCAUUAAUUGCUAGAAGAGCAAAUCAGAUCAAAAGAUUUUCCUGAAUUUUUUUAGUCCUUUUUUUUUUUAUAUGUUUAGAUAUUUUAGACGGAGGAGGCAUUUGAGAUUCAAGUUCUCUUGGAAUAUAUUUCUGAAAUAAAGAAUAUAAAGUUGUCUUAGCAUUGAUUUGUCGUUGUCUAUUGUUUGUAAGGAUUAUGAAGAUUUCUUGAACAAAGCUAUUACCUUUUCAUAAGUUGUAUAACAUCUGAAUCUUCAAUUGUUUUUCGUCCAGCAUGUGCUGCGAAGGUAUCUAAAUCUUCUGAAAUUUGUUCGAAAAAUUGGUCGGAUGCUGAACAUAUUAUUUUAAGUGCAUCCUUUGAUAUUUUUAAUGUUGUAAAAUUAGCUGCUAGUUGUCUAAUAAAGGCCAUUGGUAAUGAUGGUAAAGGAAUUCCAUGCCGAGAAACUCUACUCAUUAUUAGUAAAAAUUAUGAGAUAAAUGAUUAAGAACUUUUGUAUUUUUGAUUUUUUGGAUGAAACAGAUGUUUUUGAAGUUUGUUUUAUACUAGGUUUUGUCGAUUCUGGCAGUAAAAAUUCUGGAAGUGUAUCUUUAAACGAUGCUGUUUCAGUAAUCAUCGGGCUUUUUUCAGUUAAAAAUGAAAUUUCUAAAUUGGUUGAAUCAUCCCUAAAUUGUUAAAAAAUACAUUACAAGAUACAUUUAACUCACUCAAUUGUAUCAUUUCUAUAAAAUCUCAUUUUUAAAUCCUCUUCUCUAAAAAAACUUUCAGAUUUUAACAAUCCGUCAUCAUGAAGUGUAAAUUCAUUAAAAGAUGUACUAUUUGCUUCUUGUUCAUUAUAAAUACUGAUAUGUUCA